UAACUUGACUCAGCACUGAAGGAAAAGGGAGCAGAACAGCGAAACAUGGCGACUUCGAACAAUCCGCGGAAAUUCAGCGAGAAAAUCGCUUUACAUAAUCAGAAGCAAGCAGAGGAGACAGCGGCGUUUGAAGAAGUGAUGAAAGACCUCAGCAUUACUCGGGCAGCGAGGUUACAGUUUCAGAAAAGUAAGUAUUUGCAGUUGGGACAGAACCGUGGGCAAUACUAUGGAGGUUCUUUGCCAAACGUCAAUCAGGUUGGAAGCACUGUCGAUGUGCCUUUUCAGAAUUCAGGGCUUGACUCCAACAGAUCAACACGUCACCAUGGAUUGGUGGACAGAGUCUACCGUGACCGAAAUCGCAUCACAUCACCCAAUCGAAAAUCCCUGACUAUUGACAAACAUGGCCGCCACAUAUCCUUAAAACUGUCAAAACAAUCUCACAUUGACAGCUGUCCAUAUGGCUCAGUAUAUUUAUCACCGCCACCUGAUACCAGUUGGAGAAGGACAAACUCUGACUCAGCACUGCAUCAGAGCACACUAACACUAACCCCUGCCGUGUCAUCCUUCAUUGGAGGAUCACAGGACUUCCAGCCUAAACGAGUUCUUUUACUCUCUGUACCAGGGUCUGAAGCAAUUAAACAAGAGGUCUCUGAAGAUGAACAAAAACAGGGCUGGGACUGCAAAAAGAACAUGUCACAGUCCAAGCCCUGUGAAGUUCCAGGGAUAAACAUAUUCCCAACUACAGACCAGCAGUUUAGCACUACACUGAAACCAACAGCCCACAACAGUGGUGGAUCUCUUCCUGACCUGACAAACAUCCAGUUCCCUCCUCCUCUGCCAACCCCGCUCGACUCAGAUGAUGCAGCAACCACCCAGUUCGGCUCCUCCAGCAGUGUACAGACACUGGCUAAUACACAAGGAGACUCCCACCAGCAACAGAACCUGCAGCUAUCCCCAUCGUCUCCACCAGGUGCCCUCUCCCAGGCAGCAAUUGAUGCCAUGAACCUUGAGCAACAGCUGUCCCAAUAUACCUUUUUCAGCCAGCAGCAAUCAUCCCAAACACACCAGAACCAGCAACAGACAGGGCUGGUCCAGCUGCCAUCCGCUGUGAACUCCUGUUCCACAUCGGACAACCAGACAUCCUCUCAACCCAACAUGACCAUAGAUAUGAACACGGCCUCCUCUCUGCAACAAUACCGCAGUAGAGUUGGAUCUUCUGCCAAUCAGUCUCCAACCUCUCCCGUCUCCAACCAAGGCUUCUCACCUGGAGGCUCGCCUCAACAUAACUCCAUACUGGGCAGUGUUUUCGCAGACUUCUAUGAUCAGCAGCUACCAUCCAUUCAGGCCAGUGUUCUCUCACAACAGCUGGAACAGUUUAACAUGAUUGAGACCCCUAUCAGCUCGGACAGCCUUUAUAACCAGACCUCCACCCUCAACUACUCCCAGGCACUUAUGAUGGGUUUGACUGGCCAUUGCAACCUUCAGGACCCACAGCAACUGGAUUACAGUAGCCAUGGCAACAUUCCCAACAUAAUUCUUACAGUGAGUGGGGAGUCUCCACCCAGCCUGCCCAAAGAUCUGACAGACUCACUGUCCACAGAUGACAGCUUCGAUGUCAACUCGCAGUUUCCACUAGAUGAUUUGAAAAUUGACCCACUGACUCUUGAUGGUUUGCAUAUGCUGAAUGACCCGGACAUGAUCCUCACAGACCCAGCCACAGAAGACGCAUUUCGCCUUGACCGGCUGUAAAUGGCAUUCUACAUGCACAGGUGUGUAAAUGCUGCAGCCUUUGGUUGAUAAAGAGAAGUAAUCUGAAGUGGGCGGAGCCACAAUUUCACACUAAUGAUACAGGAGAGAUUUUUACAAGACACAUUAGGAGGAAAAGGUAUUUACAUAUUUUGAACACUACUACCAACUUCACAUCAAGUGGUAUGGAAUCAAUUAGUUAGUGGUUCUAACAAUGAUGACUAUGAUAAAAUUAUGGAUCUUAUUUUGAUCCAGUCAAAUGCUUAGUUUGAUUUAGUUUGAUGAGGGGAGAGACAAUCUAGUGUUGUAUUGUCAAUAAAUACCUAAAUAUCUGCCGGAAAAAAUAACUCUGGGCUUAUUACAAUGCAAAUGCCUUUAAGAGUAGUUUGAAGACACAGAGAAAACACUUUUCAAGUUUAACCUCUGUAUGCUAAGCUGGUUAUGCUCAGUUUGGAUAUUAAUUUUGUGUUAUUAUCUGGAUGGUUUGUAAAAUUUGUCCAAAUGAGGUGAUGAGACAUAAUUUUGCAACCUAAUUCUUAGGAAAUGCUGAAUUUUUAUUAUCGUCAUGGCAACUCAUUUUUAUGCAUGAAAUCAUAAAUCACUGUGGAUACUUUUUUUGCCUUAAUAAGUUAACAUUUAGGUUUUCAUGCAAAGAUGAAAAUAUAAAUGAGGGGGGAAAAUAUUAUUUAACAACACAAUUUUACAUAGUUGCAUGUUGUUCAGCCUACAUAAUUCAGUUGUAUUUUCAUUACCCCGUCUUUUCAUAGUCAAACAUCAAGUUAGAUUUUUUCUAUGAUAUGGACAUUCACUGGCCUAUUUUGUUUAUUACAUGUACAGAAUGUGGUCUGAUUUUGCGUAAGAUAUCUAUGCAAAAAAGUUAUAAAAAGACUGUAAAAUGUGACUAUACACCAUACACACACAUGCAUGUGCAAAUACUGUAUAUAUAUAUCUAUAUAUAUAUACA